GGUGGUGUGCCUCAGUGAAUUUCCUGGACUGGACACUCAUUCCUCAGAUACCAUUUAUGCUGUUGGACAUUUAGGAAAAGAAAUCUACAGGAUCAAAUCUGCAAAUGGACACAAGUGUGAGAAUAAGGAUAAACUGACUUCCAUUCAACAGUGGAGCAUGAUAUUGAUAUGCAGGAAGUAUGCUUGUCAACUUUCAAAAUAUGCUUUCAAGUUUAAGUUUGUGGUCUGAGAAAUUGUUACUGCGCAGUUUGAAUCUGUGGACCUUCGCUGCAAAAACUGUUUUUUUCUUUCUUUUUCUGGACAGCAGUUACUAAGUUGUAAAGAACAGACGCCAGUUUGAGUGAAAGAAAGAAAGAAAGAAAGAAAGAAAGAAAGAAAGAAAGAAAGAAAGAAAGAAAAGUCACAGCCUCUUCUCGACGGGGGAGGAGGAUUUCAGGAGAGUCUCUGUGCCACAAGUCAUUGCACAUCGGCCAGUCUCCAGGCGCACUGGUGAGUCCUGUACGCGUCACGAAUCAUAAAAUGGAAAAUAAAAUAAACGGAGGAAUGGGCAGCAGCACUUCGUUUGCAGAUUCCACAGAUGGGAGUAACGGAGUAGGUGACCUGAUUGAAUCCGGGUUCAGUAAACCAAACGUAGCUAAUGAACCACAGCCUCUGGCUUGCAUGUCCGCCGUGCGUAAUUCUGGAAACGUUGGCGCACUGUGUCACGGCCCGAAUUCAAGCAACGACGCCACAAACUACAAAGACUGUGAUGUGGGCGAUAGUUCAGUCGCUGCAAGAAAUUUUUACAGUCGUGCUGAUGAAUAUCUGAAGCCUGAUGGUGUGCCAUGGCCGGAUUAUGUCAAAGUCCCAAGAGCGAAAGAUGCCGCACCAGAAAGUUUGCAGGGCGCAAGUUUGAGACUCUCCUCGACAAGCGGAGCGUGUAAGUUCAUUAAGGACGAAAAGGAGCCAUCUGUGAUUAUGGACACCCCGUGUCCUGUCUUCGAGCUAUCUUCGGAAAUCCGUGCUCUUGACGCUUGUUAUGACACCGACAGGAAGCAGCAGCUGGGGCUUGGGGAUGGAGAGUCGACGAGCUUCACGCAGAUCCCAGCGGGUCCCCAAGCGGCGCCGGAAACUUCUCCUAACUUUCUUGUAGACCUGGAGCAGCUGCCUCAGGUGAGGACUGACUCGAGAUGUAGUUUACCCGGAAAGGCAAUGCUCGGUUUUGAUGCUAUGACUAACGCACACGCACCCCAGCAACUGAUGGUGUACAAGAACGAGGUUCCCCGGUGGUCGACGCAGCCCCCCCUGGCAGAGGCUCCGUACUGGUGCCAGUCCACAGGCGUGCCAGAGGACCAGUUCCCUCACAGCGUCUAUGAUGGGAUCCAGAACGCUGCCUUUUCUCAGAGGAGUCCCCCAAACUACGCUGCAUUCCCCGGUAUGCCACCUCAGAGACUGUGCGUGAUCUGUGGCGAUGAGGCAUCUGGAUGCCACUAUGGGGUUUUAACCUGUGGCAGCUGUAAAGUCUUUUUCAAAAGAGCGGUUGAAGGCCAUCAUAGCUAUCUCUGUGCUGGGCGAAAUGACUGCAUUGUGGAUAAAAUUCGGAGGAAAAAUUGCCCUGCGUGUCGCCUGCGAAAGUGCUAUCAAGCAGGGAUGAUGCUUGGAGGCAGGAAGCUGAAACGCUUCGGCGCCUUGAAAGCCUUGAGUUUGGCCCCGUCCCUGAUGUUCCAAUCCCACUUGACCAUGUCCAGCGACAACCAGGCCCUGACCUCCAUGUCCUGCAUGCCGGGCAUCCGCGAGGCGCACUUCUCGCAGCAGUUCAUCACCAUCCUGGAAAACAUCGAACCGGACACGGUGUACGCCGGCCACGACAACACCAAGUCCGAUAUUCCCCACAUUUUGCUCAACAGCCUGAACCGGCUGUGCGAGAGGCAGCUGGUGUGGAUCGUCAGGUGGUCCAAGUCUCUGCCAGGAUUUCGUUCCCUACAUAUCAAUGAUCAGAUGACCCUCAUCCAGUACUCGUGGAUGAACCUGAUGGUGUUCUGCCUUGGGUGGCGGUCCUUUCAGAACGUCACCAGUGAAUUUUUAUACUUUGCACCAGAUCUGGUCCUCAGCCAGGAGCAAAUGAGAAAAUCUCCGAUUUACGACCUUUGCUUGGCAAUGCAGUUCAUCCCUCAGGAGUUUGCAAAUCUUCAAGUCACCCGGGAGGAGUUUCUCUGCAUGAAAGCCUUAAUAUUACUCAAUACAGUGCCUCUCGAGGGACUGAAAAGCCAGACUUCGUUUGACGAGAUGAGACAGAACUACAUCCGAGAGCUGACCAAGGUCAUCCAUAUGAGGGAGAAGGACGUGGUGGCCAGCUCGCAGCGCUUCUACCACCUCACCAAGCUGAUGGACGCCAUGCACGAGAUAGUGAAAAAGGUCAACCUGUAUUGCCUGAGCACUUUCAUCCAAGCGGACGCCAUGAAAGUGGAGUUCCCGGAGAUGAUGUCAGAGGUCAUCGCAUCCCAGCUUCCCAAAAUCCUGGCAGGCAUGGUGAGGCCUCUCCUGUUUCACGGCAAGUGAGGAUGCCGACGCAGGCAUCGCGGUUCUGGGAGGGCAUUUUACUCGUGACUGGAUCAUUUAUCCCACUGUUACUGGAUUCUUCAUACCCAAUAUAUCCAUACCCUCAUAUCCAACGUUUUCAGUUAUCUUUACCUUGCCACGUUGCCUCUAAUGUCCUUUAGCCUGCCUGCUUUACUGAGAUAAGGCCUAUUCCGAAAAAUCUCUAUAAUAUUAUUAUGAAUUUAGAUGGAUAAAUCAAUAAAGCUCUUCUGUGUAAAACUUAAAAUUUGAUGUAGUCACCCUGCUCCAUUCCACUUGCAUACAGCUGGUAUAGGGGUUCAACUGAUGUGGCAUUUCAGAGGCCAGCAGACAUAUUAAUUCAAGUAUUGGCAAUGCAGACAGCUGAAUUAUUAUUAUGCUGUAUAUAUUCAAGUUUAAGAUACUUCAGUUUUUCCAAUUCUCAUGCCACAGAAUUUACUGAUAUUGGACAAUUUUCUUUUCUUACCAACACGGACCUGCCUCAUGAACAUCAUCUGGACCAUCAUGGCCUAUAAAACGUGAAACAUGAACCUCUUGUGCAGUUAGCAGCUCUCUGAGGCAAGGUGACUCAUCUAUUCAGGGGAAGAGAAACGUUGGCAGUGAUUACUACCUUUAAGGGCCAAAAAAAAAAAACAAAAAGAACUUUAUUUAACCUGUAAUAGAAAGAAAGAAUAUUUGCAUUACAGGUUUUAAGUUUGUUUGUAGCUGUAGUCAGAUAGAAACCCCCGCUCAAUAGACAAUAGUACAAAAAAGUCAAUAUUGGUGGAUAUAUCAGUCCAAUAUUAGCAAUUACCUCAGGUAAGAAGGUUAGAAACAUCCAAACUGUGUCUGAAGUAGAGACAGAAAAAAAAAUGGAGAAACCAGCACAAUGACGGUGAUGCUGAAACAUGUUGAAUGUAAGACAGUCUACAACUUAAUCCUUAAUAAAACAUGCACCACAAGAUUAAUAAAUCACACUGUUUAUUUAUAGACAGGUUUAUGCACCGUCAAGACAACAGUAGCAGAUGAUUGGAAGGAAACAAGCCUGCCUGACCCAAGAGAAAAAGGAAACAACAAAUGUUUCACAUUCAGGUUAUGGGUAUCAUAUCCGUGAUAUGCCCCUGCUAAUUCAAAUUGUAAGGGAGUAUCAUUCCAGCAUCGCUGCUCAAGGCCACCUCGCAUUUCUCAUGGAUGUAAAUGGAAAAGAACACCCCGAUCUUGGCAAGAGCAAGAUCCCAAAUACCUUGGCACAUUCUCUGCCCUUUGAGAGAGAGAAAGCGUUAUUCUGGAGCAAUCUUUCGGUGUGUUAUAAUUGCAGGGCGCUUGAUGAUUAAAAAGCAUGCUAUUUCUUUUUUCUUUCUGUCAUGUUUGGUUGAAAUAAUGGCAACAUUUAUGAACUUUGUAUUUUGGAAAUAUUGUGACAACAAUAGAAAAUUAAAUAUCAAUCUGCACAUUUAACAUAAUAUAAUCUGAUGAAUGUCUAGUUUGGCUGACAUAAGCCCAAGUUGUCAUUGCUAGUACACCCGUGUACCAGUUCUGAAGGUUCCACUUUAUGCACACAGCAUUCAUGGCAUUAUAAAAACAAAACAAAACAAAACACUGUUUUACAUAAAAAUAUAGUUGUGAUAAUUUAUAGUAAUGCACAGUGACAAGAGGUAAAUAUUUUUGAUUACCAACAAAUGAACUCACGAGGAGCAGAAAUGUACAGUACCAUAUAGGUAUAUAAAAAAAAAAAAAAAAGUGCACUUGGGCAGUG